CGCGCGGGCCUCGACCAGUGAUACGAACGGAAAGAUGCAGAGCCAAGUGGUCCACGACGGCGGCCCGGUCGAGUUCACGAAGGAGUCGCCGGCGCUUAAGCUUGACGUGCUCAAGACGUUCAACCGCGCGCGGGCUUGUAACCUUCACCUGCCGCAUGGCACGGUGCACACGCCGGUCUUUAUGCCCGUGGGCACGCAGGGCACGAUCAAAGGCAUUACGACCGAGCAAAUGGCCAUGCCGCCGAUCGACUGCAAGAUCUUGCUCGCCAACACGUACCAUUUGGCGCUGCGGCCGGGCACCGACCUCAUUGACGACAUGGGCGGUCUCCACCAGUACAUGAACUGGAAUCGCAACAUCCUGACGGACUCGGGCGGCUUCCAGAUGGUCUCGCUGCUCGAGCUCGCGCAAAUCACCGAAGUCGGCGUCGAGUUCCAGUCGCCAGUCGAUGGCACCAAGAUGCUGCUAACGCCCGAGAUGAGCAUUGCGCAUCAAAACAACAUUGGCGCCGACAUCAUCAUGGCGCUCGAUGACGUGGCGCCGUCGACGAUCGAAGACGACGCGCGGUUCCUUGAAGCGACGGACCGUACGAUGCGCUGGAUCGACCGGUGCAUCGCCGCGCACAAGAAGCCUCACUGCCAAAACCUCUUUGGCAUCGUCCAAGGUGGCCUCGACACGUCGGAGGGCGGCCUUCGCGACCGCUGCAUCCAAGGCAUGAUCGAGCGCAACCUUCCAGGGUAUGCGAUCGGCGGUCUCGCCGGUGGCGAAGACAAGACGUCGUUCUGGAACGUCGUCGCCAUGUCGGCGGAACGGCUGCCGGCCAACAAGCCGCGGUACCUCAUGGGUGUCGGCUAUCCCGUAGACCUCGUCGUGUGUUCGGCCCUUGGUGUCGACAUGUUCGACUGCGUCUACCCGACCCGCACGGGGCGCUUUGGCACGGGCAUCACGUCCAAGGGUCUCUUGCGGCUCAAGCUAGCCGAGUUUGCCAACGACACGGCGCCGCUGGACGCAGACUGUGCAUGCUACGUCUGCACCAAGUACACACGCGCGUACUUGCACCAGGUCAUGAAGACGGAAGGGUCGAUUGGCCCGCAGCUCGUGACGUACCACAACAUUACGUACAUGCUGUACCUCAUGUCGAAUGUGCGCGCCGCGAUCCUCAACGAGACCUUUCCCGCCUUUGUGCGGGCCUUUAUGAAGGCGUGGUUCCCGACCGAGCCCGUCCCGACGUGGGUCGUCGAGGCGCUGACCGUCGCUGGCAUCUCGCUCGACGACGCGUAAUCGCACAUCCGAUGCGGAAUUGACGAAAGCAAGGCAGAUAACCUGCACGAAUACCACGACGAUGAAGUAGCA